UAAAAGGGUUAACCUUUAUAUACAACAGGUUUCAUAAUCAUUUGUUUGUAAUUUUUAAAUGUUCAGUGCACAUAUCCAAAUUUGAAAGAUACGUAUACCCAAUUAUGACUAAUUAUAAUUUAACGAAAUUCAUGUUAAUUUAACAAAUUGUUUUUAUAUACUUGAAUCAUUCAUUUUGUAUAACCUUAGCUCUAAAUCUAUGAGUACGGAUUCCCGGUAUUCCUUUGUUAGUUUAGUAUUUCUAAAAUUUGUAUUCCCUAAAAUACGUGUUUACCUGUUCAUCAUUUUUCUGUUCAUCCGAAUUCGAAGAUCAUUAUAAUUAUUAUAAUACAAUGGUUAUUCAAGUUCUCCAGAGAUGAGUUACCAUGUACCCUUCUUCUUUCGGAUCAUGUUUGUUAAUAUGUUAAGUACAAUGGGGGUCUUUGGUGACCGACUGAUAUAAUUUAACCAUGGAAUUAAAAGAGAAUUAAAAGUAACAUUAAUAUUAUACUUAUUAUGCAAAGUAAGAAGCGGAAAAUUUAAAUUGAAAAAUGGAACGUCCGUAACCCGGAUAAUUGUAUAGUGUCCUCUACGGCUGUUUUUACUAUGACAGUCAACCUGUCAAAUAUUGAUGUCAUGUUUGUACUUUUGAUGGUAUCGCCCCUAUAAUUUUGUUUUUUGAUCAUAUCACCUAGUUUUCUACAAUAAAAGCCACGUGUAAUUACAAAAAGCAUAAUUAUCAAAUCAGGGCACCGGAGAAGCUGAUUGGUCAGCCCAAGGUCACGAAAUAUACCGUCCAUGCCUCGAAGAAACAGGCGGCAGUGCCGUUUCUGUUCUCUUGGCUCGAUUAGGAAAAUGACUGUAGAAAUCGAUAAGGAAGAGUUAAAAAAACGAUUGACGCCGAUACAGUGGCACGUCACACAGGAAAAAGGGACCGAAAGACCUUUUACCGGUUGCUACAACAAAUUCUAUGAAAAAGGCACGUAUACCUGCAUAAUCUGUGAUCAAGAAUUAUUUUCUUCUGAUACAAAGUAUGACAGUGGCUGUGGUUGGCCUGCGUUCAAUGAAGUAUUGGAUCAGGGACGAGUCAAAUUAACCAAAGAUACCUCACACGUUGGUGGAAAUCUACUACUGCUGAUCGCAAACCCAGAUAUGGUGCGGACCGAGGUGACCUGCUCAAAGUGUGGUGCACAUUUGGGACACGUAUUUAACGAUGGGCCGAAACCUACAAGGAAACGGUUUUGUAUCAACUCAGCAUCCAUAAACUUCCAUCCAGCAGGAGAAGAGAAGAAGACAACAUCGUAAAAGUGAUAGGAAAAAAUUUUCAAUGGGACUUUCAAAUGUUACAAAUUAAUUUUGUAGAAAUUCAAAUUAUAUUUUCCUGUAAUUACUUUGUUGUUCUGUGAAAGUUUUGGUACUUUUUCAAAAAGCAAACAUGUUAACAACAAAUAUUUUUCAACAAAAUAUUAACAUUUAUUUUAUGUGUGCUAUGAGCAAUUAUUUAUUAUCCAUAUGCCAUGAAUUCUAAGUAUAUUUCCGUGCGUUAGGAAACAUAGAUUCAUUAUAAAAAAAUAUGUAUAUUUACAUAUUAUGGGUUGAUAAAAUAUAUCAGAUUAACUUUUGCAAUACUGUACUCUUAAACUAGAUCUGAUUCUGUACAUCUAAAUGAACGUUAGAUAAAACAUUUAGCGUGUAUAAAAGAUCUGAUAAGUUAAUGUAAAAUGUGUAAGAAGUAAUUUAUAAAAACAUUCUAUUAUUUUUUCAUGUUAUAUGUGAUGAAUAUAAUAUGUAAAUAAUGA